AUGCCUCCUAAAGGUGUUUUGUUGUGCGGCCCUCCUGGCUGCGGUAAAAAGAUGAUCGCCAAGGCGGUAGCUAAAGCCUCAGAGUGCCACUUCAUCAAUCUGCAGGCAUCUGCACUGACAGACAAGUGGUACGGUGAAUCCCAGAAGCUGACAGCUGCCAUCUUCUCAUUGGCUGCAAAAAUUCAACCGUGCAUCAUCUUCAUUGAUGAGAUUGAUUCAUUUCUGAGGAAUCGGUCCAGCCAGGACGGUGAAGCCAUCGCAAUGAUGAAGGCCCAGUUCUUGAGCCUGUGGGACGGUCUGCAGGGUUCCGGCCAGGUGAUGGUGAUGGGAGCCACUAAUAGGCCAUACGACAUCGAUCCGGCUAUUCUGAGGAGGAUGCCCACCGCGUUCCAUGUCAAGCUGCCAGUGAGCAGCUCCAUCGAUCUGAAGGAGAUCGCUGAGCAGACAGAAGGGUUUUCUGGCAGCGAUCUGAAAGAGAUUUGCAGAAACGCUGUGAUUCAUCAAGUCUACGAACAUGUCAAGAGGAGGAAGAGGCAGAGUACUGAGCAGCAAACCGACAGCCAGGGUGGUGGAAGUGCUGUGGAGGAGCAGCGGAUGCAGCCAGUCACCCAGGUGGACCUGCUCUUUGGUUUAACCAAGCUGAAGGAAUCUAAGCAGGCCACGUCCUCCGCUGUUCCCAACACCACCAGACCCUGA